AUGGUGGAACCUGGGAUCGAGUCCCGUCGCAAGUCGACAAGUAGCCGGCUCAAUGAUGUCGAAAAGUCUAGCGACACAUUCGACGUCGAAAUCGCUGUCGCCAAUGUCGAGGACAAAUUUGUGAACGAAGCUGAAGCGCCACGGGACCCCAAUAUCGUUGAUUGGGACGGCCCAGACGACCCUCAGAACCCGCUAAACUGGACUUUAAGAAAGAAGGCUACGAUUGUCAGCUCAAUAGCUGUAAUCACCUUCAUCACGUACGGUUUUGCCCUUGAUCACCUCCGGAUUUCUCGCAAGGUUUCCGCAAUCUAA